GUGGGUUAAAGACUAAGUAGAAUAACACCCCACAUCAUAAAAUCUCAAAGAUCCGACAUGGCAACUCAACAAGAGAAACCUUCCUCCAAUUCAUUCAAAUGGUUUUCCACUAAAACCUUAAAGUUAAACCUAAGUUUUCAAAACCGACGAGGGUCACCAAAAUCCAACUCUUCGUCAACCUUAAACUCCCCAAGAAGCAACACCGAUGACAACAACAACAACAACACAAAGAGUCACGACUCCUUGGACAAAGAGCUCCGUCGAGUCUUCAGCCAUUUUGACAGCAACGGGGACGGUAAGAUCUCAGCCUUUGAGCUCCGAGACUACUUCGGCUCUGUCGGUGAGUAUAUAUCUCACGAGGCAGCUCAAGAGGCGAUAAACGAAGUCGACACCGACGCAGACGGUUCUCUAGGGUUUGAGGACUUCGUUGGGUUGAUGACAAGAAGAGAUCUUGACGGUGACGGUGGCGGAGAGUUGAAGACGGCGUUCGAGAUGUUCGAGGUGGAGAAAGGAUCAGGAUGCAUAACACCAAAGGGUUUGCAAAAGAUGCUUGUGAAGUUAGGGGAAUCAAGAACGUACGGAGAGUGUGAAGCCAUGAUAAAAUUUUACGAUAUUGAUGGUAAUGGCGUUCUUGACUUUCAUGAGUUUCGUCAAAUGAUGACGGUUUAGUUUAGUUAAUUUUUUCCUUUUUAUAUAAUUACCCUACUACAUGCUCGAACAAUGUUUAUGGAGUGUAUGUGUGUGAGCUAGUUUGAAUAUAGGGGUUAUGUUUGAACUGAAAUUAUUGAAUUGUGGUUGAGAUUUAGUUGUGAUGGAAAUAAUUAAAUUUAUGAAUGGUGAAUAUUUAAGCUUGAUUUA